CUUGAAAACUAGCAUUUAUAAGACUUAUAGCUACUCUUGAUUCUUUGAAUCAAGCCCUACCUUGCUCCGAGGAAAAUUUUCAGGUGCAAGGUUUGUUGUAAUUCUUCAUUUUGCAAGUUAAUUCCAAAUGUUAUGAAUUAUUUCUAAAAAGGACUAAGAUGUCUAAAUACUUCUAUUGUUAAAUCUCAGCAUUUAGAUAAUUUAGUGUUAUCUCCCAUCUAUCAUUAUUAGUAUCUAAGACUAGCCAGACUUGUUUUGACACUCAAAUUAUUAUGAAUUAUUAGUAUAAAACUUAUUAUUUUAUCUCUGCCAUCUUUAUUUACCUAGAUGACAAAGAAGGUAUGAACUACUUCCCAUCAGGAAGUGAUUAGUUCAAAUUCAGAUCCUUAAAUAGCUUCUGGAUGUCUUCUCAAGGAUUACUUCUUGGUGUUCUAGUCACUUGAGUCUUAGUGAAAACGAAAGAACUUGCUUUCUUGCUGAGAAGCCUGGGGGAAAAGAAUCCUUUAAACCUCCUUUCUUUGGCCUCGAUGACUUUUUGCCUGCUCUUUGAUAUCAAAUUUAUAUGCAUCUUGACACAGUUCUUCUGAUAUUUAGUCAAAGACUGGAUACUUCUUCUGAGACUCUUCUUCUCUAUAGGAGUUUGGGUGGUAAAAUUGGAUAUCUUUUGCCUGCUUGAAUUUCGACGACCUCUGACUAAUCUAGGAUUGAGUCCAUUCAAAAAUCUAUUAUGUAACCCCUCUUGAGUUCUCUUCAUUGUUCAGACUAUCUUCUUGUCUAUCUCUGGGAGUACUGGAGAUGACUCCGAUAUCUGUAGGACAGCUUUUAUUGGCUUUGUGAUUUGAAUAUUUCUUGUAUUCAUUUAUUUUUAUUAA